UCUCAUUUCAUCUUGCCAUAAUCGACAAUGUCAUAAUUUUUAUAUAAAAACCGCAAGAACCAGCCAUGACUAGAUAAAUUUUACUGUUUGUAUAUGAUAGACAUGGCGUUAUAUAUAAUAUAAAACCUAGGUACCUAUAAUAAGCUUCCACGUUUUUGAUACGGGCACAGGAAAGUGACCUCACUGCACGUGAUGGUAGGUAAGUGGAGUGAGGUGCAAUAGAAUAUCGACUGACGAGAGAUUGUAUAAUUGUAUCGAGAGACCCCUCGUCUCUCGAUACAAUUAUACCGGCCUGUUGGAACUGGACACACACAGCUUGAUCCUGGAACGCGAUACUUACCACUAUGGCGGGUUUUAACACCUUUUGCAUGAUGGUCGCUAUCCGGGGGGAUAUAAAAUAUAUUCUACCACUUGCCACAGUAUACAGAUAACAGUCGAAGGUCAAGCCAGGAAUCUUCCAGGAAGCUACACUGCACAGACGCAGUUGUAUGUGAUGAGGUUUUAAUCCUGUUUAAACCAAUCUACUUUCGCAUCAAUUAUGCAAACGUCAUAUAAAUCGUCAAAAAUUUACCGAAACAUUUACAGCACAAUAAACUUAAAUAAUGCGAACUAUGAAAAGAGUAUCUCAAACAGUGGUAAGGCACUUCUCCGCUACCCGGGUAUGCGCUGUGUCCUGGCCGAAGCCUGACUAUGGCCCCAUGGAGGUGCAACGCUCAACACUGCUCAACGGUAUCAACGUAGCUGCUGCGAGAUCUUCGGGCGCACAGAUAGGAGCCUGUACCAUUAUGUACCAGGCAGGUUCCCGCUACGAGUGGGACGGCCAGCUCGGCGCGUCACACUUCAUCCGCGCGACAUCCACAGCCACGGGCUGCGCGUACACCGCCUUCGCUAAGACUCGGUAUCUCCAGCAGCACGGAGCUAGUCUCACCUGCUCCUCGGAUAGACAGACCGUUGCCUUUACGCUGCGCUGUCCGCUCGUCUGUUUCUCCGACCUUAAGUAUUAUCUGUUGGAUGUUGCUACCAGGUGUUGCUAUCUCCCCUGGGAAAUUGACGCCCGCAAAACCCUGGUCCGCGGCGACCUCACCCGCAUGGACCCUGAACAGCGUGUGAUGGACCUUAUUCAGAGAGCGUGCUGGGCGGGCCCUCUCGGCAAUUCCGUAUUCUGUGAGGACGAGCGAAUCGGCGCCAUGUCUCCGGAUAAUUUAAAGAGCUUCGUUGAUUGUAAUUUUACAACUGACGUUUGUACGGUCGCUAGCUUUGGAAUGCCAUUUGAAGAGACGAUAAAACUGGCCGAGAAGAUCGAAUUUGGACGGUCGCAGCCUGACAAGCGUUGCGAGAUGGUGUCGUUUCCUCGUAAUGGGUUUGAGCUCUAUGACAUGGGCCGGAACAGCGACACGUGGAUCGCCAUCGCUGUUCCUGGCUGUGGAACCUACGACUUAUCCUGUCUCCUGAAGCACGCGAUAGUGGCCGAAGCGUGCGGCACGGCCAACAUGCAGGACGGCAUGCAUGAUCUGGACAGGACGCCGCAGCCGCCCCUCGGGUUAGUGGCUGGAGACGACGUCUACACACAAUACAGGAUGUUCAACAUAUCCUACAGGGAGACUGGGGUCUUUGGUAUAUUAGUAAAAACGAGAGCGUGUUCCGCGUGGGACACGACUCUUGCCGCCGCAGAGUUCCUGGCUAAUGUGGGAGACAUCUCCUUUAAACAGAUUGAAGUCGGCAAAAACAGGCUCAAACUAGGUCUUGCGCUCCACGAUGAAGACUGUGUUAAAGUGACCGAAGGUCUGGCGCUGCAGAUCGCGAACGACGUGCAGAUCGACAGCCACCGAACCUCCAUCCCCGUGGUGGACGCGCUGUGCGCUCACGAGAUCCGCACCACCGCUAAGGCUAUCAGUGAUCGACGUUCCCAAAUAUCUGUAGCCGUGGUGGGCGACAUCGGAGCUGUGCCUCACGAUAAGGAAAUCAUUUUUAAUGCAUGUCUUCAGUAAUGCUAAUUUUCUAAUAAAAUAAUUUUGAUUAACCUUUUAUUUAUGUUAAUAUUUGGCUUAUUUAAAUAGAAUAUUUAAGAUGUUCGUCGGAAGCCACUGAGCGGUCCGACAUAGGUACAGUUACCUUCUUUCUCCGAGAGCUGAAUUCCUUUCACAUUAGGGUUUAAGAAAGAAGUCAGUUUCGGAAAUAAAACUACCAAAAUAUCAAGAAUAUUGUAUAUUUAUCACUAGAGAAGUCAAGUGGCCGCCUUCUUCCGAGC